UUGUUGGUCCGGUGCUGAGAAAAUAAAUAUAAAUACAAUGCAGUGAAUUCAUUUAUGAUAAUCAUAAAUUAUCUAGCCACGCAUUUAAAUUUAUGAAUUGCGACGCGCGCUCUCUCUGCAAACCUUACAAAAAAACAAAAAGGUUGAGUGCAGAAUGAAAUGAAAUCAUAAUGUGAUAAUAAACAGAACAUUUCCAAGUUAUGAGAUCAUCCGGCAACGGGAAUGAGCAGUAAAAAGUGCAAAGCUUAAAAACUCGAACACGCAGCUCCAAAAUAAAACAAAACAAAACCAAAAUAAAACAAAACACAACAACAACAACAACAACAACUGCAAACACAAAGCAAUAAAGGCAAGCAAAUAAAGCCAACUAGUCGGACACAUUCCAACAAAGGGAAAAGAGGCGCGCUGGCCACGCAGUCGCGAGCUGUGCGCCAAAGCCAGACGCGCAGAAUGCACAGCAUAGCAGCACAAGAACAACAACGACAACAACAAAAACAACGACGUCGAAAAUACAUAAUAUCAGACAUAAGCUAUCAGCUGUUGCUGCUCCUCCUGCUGCUGUUGUUGCCGAGUCCGCAGAGUCAGUCCCUCGCCUGGUUCUACGAUGUGGAGGCAGUGGCCGGCACCGCCGGCGUUGGAUCCGACGAGCACAGCUUCAAGACCCCGGAGACGAAGCACUCGCAUAAAUCGCAGAGCACACAACUGGUCCAGCACUUCCCCAUGGCCCCCCACCCGCACAAGCAUCUGCCACGACGCCAGCUCGUCUUUGUCGCUCUGCUCCCGUCUGUAGAGUCUGACAAUAAGAACGACUGCAUUAUGCCGAAGGUGCUGCCCGUGCUGGAGCUGGGGAUUGCGAAGGUGCAGCGUCUGGGCUUUGUGGGCGGGGCCCUCUUCGACAUUACGCUGAUAUCGCGCGAUACCUUUUGCUCCUCGAAAUACGGACCCAUCGGCUUCUUCGAGAUCUACACCCAAUGGCCGGAGGUGAAUGCCGUCUUCGGACUGCCCUGCGAGUAUGUGUUGGCGCCCAUUUCGCGGUAUGCCGAUGUCUGGCAGGUGCCCGUCCUCACCAGCGGGGGCAAUGCCAAGGAGUUCAAUAAGAAAUCCGAGAGCUAUUCGACGCUGACACGCCUCAAGGGCGCCCAAGUCAAUAAUCUGGGGAAUGUGGUGCGCGCCAUUCUGGACAACUUCAACUGGACCCGCACCGCUCUAAUCUAUCAGAACGAGAACGUAAAGGUCAAGGGGAACUCGGUGUGCUUCCUCUGUCUCGCCGCCAUACACGAUACUAUCGAGAAGCAGUCGGUGUACCAGCUAGGAUUCGAUACAACCGCCUGGACCAAAGCCGAUAUCCUGCGCAUGCUCAAGAAUGUGGCCAUGCAGUCGAGAAUUGUCAUUAUGUGCGCCGAUCCGCAGUCGAUACGUCAAAUUAUGCUGACAGCCGAGGAGUUGAAUAUGAUCGAUAGCGGUGAAUAUGUUUUCAUCAAUAUUGAAUUAUUUUCGCGUGUGCCGUAUCUAACAUCGAAGCCGUGGUAUGACAAGAACGAUACGGAUUUGAAUAACGAGCGAGCCAAGAAGGCCUACACAGCCAUGUUGACCGUCACCCCCAAGCAGCCGAAUGACGAUGAAUACACCCGUGUGUCCAAUGAGAUCAAAACUAUUGCCGCAGCCAAAUACAAUUAUACGUUUAGCGAUAACGAACCCAUUUCGGCUUUCGUUACCUCCUUCUUCGAUGGAGUGCUGCUUUACGCCAGUGCUCUGAACGACAGCAUUAGGGACGAUCCGAGCGUGCUGACACGACCCAUCAAUGGUACGGAUAUGGUGCGACGGAUGUGGAAUCGCAGCUUCACGGGCAUUACGGGGAAUGUGACGAUCGAUGCAAAUGGGGAUCGUUUGUCGGCCUAUUCGUUGCUGGACAUGAAUCCGCACACGGGUCGCUUUGAGAUUGUGGCACACUUUCUGCACAAUCGACUGGAGUUCGAGGCCAAGAAGGACAUUCACUGGCCGGGCGAUCGCGAGGAGGCGCCGCCCGAUCGACCCACCUGCGGCUACGAUGGUGCACUCUGUCCCGACAAUUCUCUGCCUGGCUAUGCCAUAUUGUCGAUUGUGCUGUUCCUAUUGCUGAUCAUUAUGGCUGUGUGCUUCUUCUUCGGCUAUCGCCACUAUAUUGCCGAGGCGGAGAUCAACUCGAUGAGCUGGAAAGUGUCGCUGGAGGAUGUCAUGUUUCGGGAUACAGCGGAGCGCGCACUUCGCGGCUCCUUCCACUCGCUGGUCAAGCAAAGUUCUCAACUGACGCUCAUGUCCGAUGACAUGGUGUCGAUCAAUGGCGAUCGACAGCUCUUCAUACCAGUGGGGAUGUUCAAGAAGAGCAAAGUGGCCAUCAAGCCCGUGGAUGUGGACAAUGUCCAGGCGCUGCUCACACGCAGCCUUAUGCUGGAGCUGAAGCGCAUGAAGGAUCUCCAACACGAUCAUUUGGUGAAGUUCUACGGCGCCUGUUUGGAUCCGAGACGCAGUUUUCUGCUCACCGAAUACUGUCCCAAGGGCUCGCUGCAGGACAUACUGGAGAACGAACAGUUCCAACUGGACUGGAUGUUCAAAUUAUCGCUCAUGCACGACAUUGUCAGAGGUAUGCAGUUCCUCCAUAGCUCCGACAUACGCUCCCAUGGCAAUCUCAAGUCCUCCAACUGUGUGGUGGACUCUCGUUUCGUCCUCAAAAUAACGGAUUUCGGCUUGCACUCUCUGAGGCGUACGCGCUACGACAUGGAGAGCGAUGUCGAGAACUGCAACAGUCAUGCAUAUUGGAGCAAACUCCUAUGGACUGCCCCAGAAUUGCUGAAAUUGGAACAGCAACGACCACCGGAGGGCACUCAGAAGGGCGAUGUCUAUGCCUUUGGCAUAAUUGUGCACGAAAUAACGACUCGACAGGGGCCGUUCUAUUUGGGGAAAUGCGCAUACGAGAAAUCGCCACAAGAGAUCGUCGAGCUGGUCAAGAGCUUUCAUCCGCAAGUAAUGCUGAAGCCAUUUCGACCGGAGCUGGAACCCAAUGAAGACACCAAGGCUGAUAUCAAUGGCAUCAUAAGGCGCUGUUGGGCAGAGGAUGCAGCCGAACGACCCGACUUCAAUACCCUCAAGUGCAUGAUUCGAAAGUUUAAUAAGGACAACGAAACGGGCAACAUUGUGGAUAAUCUGCUCAAACGCAUGGAGCUAUAUGCGAAUAAUUUGGAGGAGCUAGUCGAGGAACGCACCCAGGACUAUCAUGAGGAGAAGAAGAAGUGUGAAAAGCUGCUCUAUCAACUGCUGCCGCAGAGCGUGGCAGCUCAGCUGAUCAGUGGCCAGCCAGUGGUGGCCGAGACCUUCGAUCAGGUGACCAUAUACUUCAGCGACAUUGUGGGCUUCACAGCCAUCUCGGCAGAGAGCACUCCCAUGCAGGUUGUGCAAUUUCUGAACGAUCUCUAUACCUGCUUCGAUUCCAUUGUCGAGAACUUCGAUGUCUAUAAGGUGGAGACCAUUGGCGAUGCCUAUAUGGUGGUCUCUGGUCUGCCGAUUCGAAAUGGCAAUCAGCAUGCACGGGAAAUAGCUCGUCUGGCCUUGGCGCUACUCGAGGCGGUGCACAACUUCGUGAUUCAUCAUCGGCCGCAGGACAGACUGAAGCUGCGAAUCGGACUCCAUACGGGGGCGUGUGUAGCCGGCGUGGUGGGUCUUAAGAUGCCGCGCUAUUGUCUUUUCGGCGAUACCGUCAAUACGGCUUCGCGCAUGGAAUCGAAUGGGGAGGCACUGAAGAUACACAUCAGUGAGAUGACGAAGAAGGCGUUGGACGAGUUUGGUACGUUCGUGACCACACAACGGGGCUUUGUGCCCAUGAAGGGCAAGGGCGAGAUGCUCACGUACUGGCUGGAGGGGGAGGUGCCGCGCCCCAACGACGUGAUCUCACCCAGCAAAUUGCUGCUGACCCGCCGCUCCUCGCUCAAACAGCCGCAACACAAGCAGCACAUACUCCACAAGCAAUACUCAGAGCUGGGCGUGGCCCCAACACCCACACAAUUGCAUAUGACCCCAAAUAGGGGUGGUGUUGGGUCGCCAGCGGAGGAAGAGGAACAGCGUCCAGUGGUGGUGGCAGCUGCCACCUCAAAUUUGCGGGUGAAGCGCAAAAUCAGCUCCUCCUCCCCCAAGCUGAAUGGCAACAGCUUUGAUAGCCACUUUUUCAACAACAAGACUGACGAGGGCAACUGCAAUUCGGAGGCACUGUGUGCUGCGACCGCCGCUCCUGGCCAGCUGGACAGGCUGAAGCAGAAGACUUGUGAUAUAUACAGCAGUCGCUCGUUACGCGGCACCGACGCCACAGACAACUGGGAGUUGGCCAACUUCCGGUUGCCCCUCUCUGGCGCCCUCAAGAAUCACAACAACAACAGCUUGAUGGGCGUCGGUCCGCUGGCGCCCCUGCGCCACUCCCACACACAAUCGAAUUCCAGUUCAAAUCUGAGCGGCAUUCUGCAACCGGCGCGCAGUCGUCUGAAGCAAUCGCCCACGAUCUCAAUACUAAUGACGUCAGCGAGUCCUGACACUGGACAACGUCAGAAGGCAGAGUCCAGCCAGCUGAGUUACAGCAGCAAAACGCCGCUGCUGGACGAGAGCCGACCGGAGGAGGGAGGAAAGCCGCAGGUGGCCAUAAUGGCGCCACAGACCAGCAACAUUCCCCCCAGCAGUGAUAAUCUUUAUGGCGGCGGCUAUAUGGGUCUGAGCCAAUUGGCUCAUCACCAUCAUCAUCAUGCGGCCAACAAUGUGCAUAGCAUGAAGAAUUACAAGCAGCUGCUAUCGAACAGCCUGGCCGAAGAGUGUCCUCCACGCACCGUAGCCGGCGUAGGUGUGGGCGUUGGUGUUGGUGUUGGUGUGGGCGUGGUUGGAGGCGUUAACAACAGCGGAGUAACGCAACCGCUUUUGGCCAAAAUCAAUUCGUAGUCGUAGCUAUAAGUGGGUCCAUCCAAGGACCCACUUGAAUGUACAUUUUGAAUUCCUUUCCUCCACUCCAAUCGCCUCGACUCUAAUCUAGAUCGUACCAACUCGUAAUUAUGCAUCUUAAUGUACUUCUUUGUGAUAGUAAGCUAAAUCCAAGUUGAACAAUUUAAUAAUAAAGGAAUCGAAGAAUACGUACAUAUACACAUACAUAUAUAGUAUAUUACACAUAUAUGAUAUACACUUAACUAGUUGGUUUCUAAGUAGCGAAUUGUUUUAUAAACAUACUGUAAACAUUUCAUAGGCUGUUUGGAGCGCAGCUUUGCAAGCGAUUGAAAGUUACGCUUUAAUUCUGAAUUAAUUAAGUCGUUCCUUGUGCUUUGAAUAUCGAAAAUAUCGACUCAAUAUAUAUAUUCUAUGUAAUUUACCAUCAAGAGUUAAUUAUUAAAGUUGAUUUUAAGUGUAGAAUGUAAUCUAAAUGCAUUGUUAAAGAUUUGUGUAAUUAUUUAGUAUUAAAUAAAUAUUUAUUUUUAACCUAA